AUGUCUUGGCGAUUACUUGGAAUUGGACCUGGAACAAAGGCAGAACUCUGUCCCUUUCCUCCCUCUCCCUGGUACAGGCAUGGAUGGAUAUCCUCAAAUUCAUGUGAUUGGCACAAAGCUCCGCCUGGAUUAAAAGUGUUCCACCGCAUCAACAAGAUUUUGCAGUCAGGAAUCCAAGAAUGGACUAAUAUCCUCAAGGAAGUGUUCAUGAUGGAAUCCCAAUUUAAGGAACACCGCUUUUGGCAGUUCAUUGGGGAUCUUUUGCCUUAUAUGCCAACACCAGCGGUUCAGGUCACAUUGAUGCAAAUGGAGACUGAGAAGCGGAAGUUUGGCCUUUUUGGAGAUGAAUUAGGGUUUUUUCAACGUCAGAACCUAGAGGAUAUGAUAGUCAAAGGCAAACAUGUCAUGAAAGAGCAUAUUGAACAGCUUCAACAGGAUAAGGUGACUGAAAGUGACAGGAUCAUCAACACAUUCACAGACCAUGAACAAGAAAAGCUGGGAAGAUUCAAGAUCAACCUUGCAAAACAAUGGUCCCCAUUGGAGACUAUUGAGCUUUGGCAACACUGGGUUUUGUACUUGAGCACAUACUCAAAUGUGAACAAUCAUGUCAAGGGAAUGCGGGAGACUCAAGUGAUCCUAGAGGGCUGGGUCAAGGCAGAGACCAGAAAUAUAUUCAAAAUGGCAUCUCAUCAACUGGGUGAUCCUUUUGAAGACCUGGUAACUAAACGUAUCCUUUCACUAAAAGAGAAUUUGAUCAAUGAUAUCAACAGUUCAAACAACAGUGACACUUACGAAUUUGUGGAAUUGCAAAGCACCUUGCGUACUGGUCUGAUACUUACUGAUAGUUUUAGAUUUACUCCAGUUUCAUAUAGGACAGUUAUGUCAUUUUGGGUACAACAUUUGAGAUUUUAUUUGGGGAUAAAGCAUUCAAUAGAUCCAGGAUUACAUCACCAUCCCUUAGAAAGACUUAUACUAUUAAACAGCAAACAUUUGGAGAAUAUGAUUCAUCAAUUUCAAAAAUCGCCAACUCUUCAAAAUUCCCAGAAUGAUCUCUUGACUAGAUUUCUUGAAUUCUUUCUUGAUCAGCCACAAGGCAUUCGUCUUGGAAAAUUUGCUCUGCAUGGUUUGGAGCGCAUAAAGAUCCUCAAGGGUCUCCAGAAUUGA